GGUGACUAACUUGCCGCACAUGUUUGGAUUCUCUUGAGUGAAAUUAUCAGAUGAAUGGCAGGAUAACCUCAGCACGACAUUGCUUCCCAGUAAUUGGAGCCUACAGCCAACCAGAGCUCAAGAGCACCGUCUGCUGGCGAUAAAGAAAACAUCUGCAUCAUUUUCAUCACACUUCUCCAUUUACUGAAGGCUCUUCCUUAAUUUGAUGUUUCCUGCUCUUGCUGUCAGCUGCAAGUCAACGAAAUGACUUCAUAAUCCCAGCUGCAGGAAGAGAAGGUAAAAAGCAGCAUUCCGCAUGGGUGCGUCAUCUUCUGACCCUGCAGGGACUAACCCCUCCACAACCAUGGCCUCCACCUCCUCACCUUCCUCUUCUGCCAGCUACUUUGAGUUCUUCUGGGAUUACCACAAUAAGUCUGUCAUUUGUAAGCAUUACAACUACACUGGCAAGCUCAAGAAUCGUGAGGAUCUGAAACCUGAGAGCAUUGUAUUCCUGGUGGUGUGUCUCCUCAUCAUCUUGGAGAAUGCAGUGGUGCUCAUUGCCAUUUGGAAGAACAAGAAGUUCCACCUGCCCAUGUAUUACCUGCUGGGAAACUUGACUCUGUCAGACCUGCUGGCAGGUGUCACCUACAUGGCCAACAUCCUGAUGUCAGGACACAAUACUUUGAAACUGACACCGUUGCUAUGGUUCCUCAGAGAAGGAGGGGUCUUCAUCACUCUGGCUGCGUCCAUCAUUAGCCUGCUGGCCAUUGCAAUUGAACGUCACGUCACUAUGGUGACAAUGCGUCCAUACCACGGUGCAAAACGGGGUCGGAUGAUUGCACUGAUUGGUGGAAGUUGGGCCCUGUCAGCAUUUCUGGGGGUUCUCCCUAUUUUGGGAUGGAACUGCAUAAACAGAUUGGACCAAUGUUCAACCGUGCUCCCACUUUAUGCCAAAAGCUACAUCCUUUUUAGUGUGUCUGUGUUCAGCACGGUGCUUUUGUCCAUUGUGGUCCUCUAUGCUCGGGUUUUCCGCAUUGUCCGCACCAACACGAGGCGGCAGCGGCUGAGCCUGAAAUCCAGCAUGAGAAACAGCCUCGCCAGGGUGACGCAGAAGUACAUCGCCCUCCUCAAGACUGUCACUAUUGUGGUGGGGGUCUUCAUUGCUUGUUGGCUGCCCCUCUUCAUCCUCCUUCUCUUGGACUUUUUCUGCCCCACAGGCCAGUGCCCGAUGCUCAAAAAGGCAGACUACUUCUUGGGAGUAGCCAUCCUCAAUUCGUUCCUCAACCCAAUCAUCUAUACUUUGACCAGCAAGGACAUGAGGAGAGCCAUUCUGAGGCUACUCUGUCAGUCGUGUCUGAUGACCAAAGAUGGACAGGUCAAGAAGAUUGGGAUGCCAUUUAUAGAGUGCAGUUUCAGUAAAACUGAGGUACCUUCUCAAAAACUGGACCAUGGACUGGAUACAACCAUUUCCUCGGGGAAUGCAGUAACCUCUCCAUCCACGAUUAAAUCUCUUUAUCCUAAACUUUUUAAGUCAUAAAGAUUGAAACUUUUAUAUGCAGAGUCCAAAAGGCUGUGAAAGAACCUUGCAGUGCACAAAGAAAAUAUUCCAAUAAUGGAAAGAGAGGUCUGUGGGAUAAACCUGAAAACUGAAUAGUUGGAAUGAACUACAAAUGGAGGCACAAAAAAAAGACAUUAAGACUUUAUCCUCCAAGCAGAGUUUAGCUUAAAAGAAUGAAAAGACAUUUCCUUCUGUCUAAGCAAUGUUAAAGUGUGGUUGAAGGUGGUUUGAGUAAAUUAAAUUAACUAACUUUAUAAAUCAUGUUGAAUAUGUCCAUGGAUAUAGUUCUUGGAGUUUUGCAUCUCCUCUUUCACUAGUAAAAAUGGGUUUGGUCAAAUUGAUAGCCUACACAUACCAAAGAUUAUAAAACUGGUAUUAUUUUCUGUCUUUGAAUUCUUAAGGACUUUUUAAGACAGCACUUGCAGUCUAUGAUGCCUGCUUUUGCUGAUGCUUGGGUUUCCGCUGGUUCGGAAACUCGAGGUGCUUCAAUUUUGUUCAGAUAUGAUUCUUUUGCAAACACUUGCCUGUCUGUAAAGAGUUAAGUGAUGUCUAACAGAUACCAGGAAAGAGGUAUCUCACUUCUCAGUGACACAACCACAGAAUGCAGUGGAGAACAUUGUGGUCUUAUUGAGGGAGGAGAGGUGCAAACCAAACCCCCCCACACAGCAUUUUGAAAUGACUGAGUGCUAAAGUUUGACGGAGAAAUAGUUGGUCUUUGGGUAGGUGUCCUAUUCUUGUAAAAUGUCACCCAGUCACCCGCAGUUCAACUGCUAUACCGAAAGAAAAAGAUAAAUGAACAUGACAAAAUGUCAAUACAUCUGUGCUAUGACUAAUGUGCACUUGUAAAAUUGUUAUUGCUUUUUUCUGUUGCAACAUGCUGACAGUUUAACGAUGACUGAACCUGAAUCAGCUGGCUGGUGAGUGAGCACAUCAUGAUCUGUAAAUGUUUUUUUUUUUAAUCAGGUGCGUCAGAACUUUAUUUGACAAAAGUGUGUGUUCAUUUAAUUACUUAGGGUGUGGAUGUAUUCACUCUCAGAUCCCUUAUUUUACUGUUCACCUGGAACAUUUCUGCUUCUAAUGUGAGGUACGCAUUUUUAGAAUAAAACCAGGCUGAGAACCACUUUUGUAGCUUGAAUGAUUAAUGCUGUUUUUUAUACUGAGAUCUGUGUGGUGGACUUUCUGGGUUUCAGAACACGUUUUUGUAACAUCUGUACUAUAAAUUAUACCUUUUUUUGUAACAGUCUAAAUCCAACAUAACCUUUCUUUUCAUAAAAGAAAUCAUAAUAAAAAAAUACAUUUUAAGUGA